AGGAUAAAAGUAAAAUAGAUAAGUACCUAGGGAACUUUUGAGAUAAAACAGGUUUUUAGGGUGUAUCUAGGGAAAUUUGGUCGAGUGUACAUUAAUGUGUUUGUCAACAUUGUGUCAGUGUUAUUCUUACAGGGCCCAGUAAAGUGACUAUUGUUCAUUGGUUUCGUCAUGAUAUUUGUGUGCUGAUUGCUGUGUUUCUGCAUUUUGAAGAACAGCAGCACCAACUGUUAUUUAUUAUUACUGCCAUGUAUUACUAGCAGAUAGUCGGUGGAAAUAACCUACCCUCAAGAACUUAUGUACUUGUAAUUGUUAGUUGUCAUCAUUAUGUUGAGGUUAAGGAUCUUUACACUAUAAAAAUGGUGACCCUUGGGCUUCGAUCUAUCCAGGGGCCUUGGAGGACUCUAAUUAAUAGAGGAACAUCUCAUAGGUAUGUUGUGUCUGGCCAUCAGAAAAAUUGUCAAAGCAGCAGUUGGUAUUACAACGAAAUGAAAUCAAAGUGUCAGCAAAUAUUGAAACCAGCAGAACACUUUAACUUUGCCAGAGAUAUUGUUGGUCUCUGGGCUGACAAAAAGCCGAGGCAUCCAGCAUUGCUCUUCACAAAUGGCCAGGAUCAGAAUGUAAUAACUUACCAUGACUUGUACCAGCAAGCCCAGGCAUUGGCCACAGCACUUAGUGAUCCAGUGCCACCCAGGUGUGCACUGGUCAUCCUCCCCAAAAUUCCCGAGUGGUGGGUCGUAAAUGUUGCUGGCUCUUGGUGUGGAACCAUAAUAUCUCCAGGUACUGUCUUACUCACUCCAAACGAUGUGGCUCACCGCCUUGCUGCCUCUGGUGCUGAUUGUCUUAUUUGUGACGCUGAUACGGCUGCCACUCUUGAUUCAGUUACUUGCUCAAUUCCACUUAGAAUAUUUGUUCCAAAAAACCAUGAUGUCCUAGAUGGUUGGACGUCUUACCAUCAUCUUAUAGAGUCUGUUAAAGGAAAACUAAUGAGGCCUUGUGUUGCCAGCAGAGGCGAUGAUAUUGUUCAACUCUUCUUCACUUCUGGGACAACUGGCAAACCAAAAAUGGUUCCUCACACUCAAUCUAGUUAUGGUGUUGGCCAUACUGUAGCAGCCAAAUAUUGGCUCGAUCUAACGGAAGAUGACAUCAUGUGGAAUAUUUCUGACACAGGUUGGGCUAAAACAGCAUGGAGCAGUCUCUAUACUCCUUUUAUGACUGGUGCUACUGCAUUUGUUCAUCAGAUGCCACGUUUUGAUCCUGAAGAAGUUCUUCGAAGUCUGUGUCAUUACCCUGUAACAGUUCUGUGUGCACCACCAAUGGUUUACAGGACGUUGCUACAAUGCAAUUUAAGCAAGCAUGUGUUCCGAUCCCUGAGACAUUGUGUUAGUGCUGGUGAACCACUCAACCCAGAAACAAUGCAGUUAUGGACAAAAUACACUGGUCUUCAAAUAUAUGAAGGAUAUGGGCAGUCUGAGACAACACUAAUAAGUGGUAUAUUCAAAGGUAUCCAAGUGCGGCCCGGCUCCAUGGGGAGACCUGCACCUGGGUACACUCUGAAGGUGAUUGAUGACCAGCAAGAGGAAUUGGGUCCCUAGGAAGGUCACUUAGCAGUGUCACUGAAGGAGGGUCAUCCAGUGGGACUAUUCAGAGAAUAUCUCUCUGAUGAGAAGAAAACAUCCGAAGUUUAUGUUGGUGACUAUUAUGUGACUGGUGACAGAGCAUACUAUGAUGAUGAUGGCUACUUCUGGUUUGUUGGACGAGCAGAUGACAUCAUUUUGUCUUCUGGAUAUCGCAUUGGACCAUUUGAGGUAGAGUCUGCCUUACUGGAACACCCUGCAGUUGUAGAGUCAGCUGUAGUCUCCUCUCCUCACAGUCUGAGAAGUGAAGUGGUCAAGGCUUUUAUUGUUCUUGGGAGCGACUUUAAAGAUUGUGAUCCCCAAACUCUGGCGGCAGAGUUACAAGAUCACGUUAAGAAGACAACAGCUCCUUACAAAUAUCCAAGAAAAAUAGAGUUUGUAAACACACUUCCAAAAACUGUGAGUGGAAAAAAAUCUGACGAGUGGAACUGAAGAAUCGGGAAUGGGGCCUGAAAUAGACAUCUAAAAAGAAUAAACCUAGAGGUUGCCCUCCCAAAGUAAGGUGCAGAAAUUAACACCAGCAAAGAAAUAUGUGUAGACCUCACAGUAAGAUAAUCAAGGUACAUUACAGUACUGUGUUAACAUUAGCUUAGGUCACAAGCAAUGAGAAUAUUUUUGUGUCCAUACCAGGUAAUCUCAUUUUAGGUGAUGUGAAUGACAUCCUGUAUUUUGAAGUCCACUGAUUGCUUUUUCCAUUAUGUGUCGCCAUUAUUUUUUUGCAUCACUUGGAAGUUCUACAUUAGCCUCCAGCUUAUUUCACCUAAUGAUCAAACAUCCUCACAUUACCUGGGAGAUUAGGUUUGGUUAGCAUUUGGAUGGUUAAUCAUCAGGUGAGAUAAGCUUCAGCAAAUCGUAAGAUGAUCCCAAACCAUUUACAGCAGUAAAAUUAAUUUCAUGACAAUAAAUAUUGGAGGGAUAAAAAAAUUAUGCUUGGUAGCUACUUGGAAUUCAGUGUCAUGUUGGGAUGUUCAUAUAAGCCAAAACAUGACACAAUAGUGUAUUAAGCAUGACUUGCUGGGUUGAGGCUAAGGAAAGGACCCUUUUGGAAAAAGCUUAUGAUGAUUUGGAGUAUCAUUGGUUGAAUGAACUUUAAAGUUUCCAUUGUACAGUACUGUACUGGACUAUAUAUA